GCAGUCAGUGGUUUUGGCGGUCGCUCGUCGCUCCAGCAGCCGCUGUCCCCCUCUUUAUUGUGUCGCGUAUCACAUGUUGCAUUUAAGAUGUCAAGACACUUGGGAAGGGGAAGUUCGUCCAGACAGGUACUGAGAAACCGAAAACGGCGUGUUAAUUCAGAUAUGCGAGAGAUAUACGCCGCAACAGACUCCGACUCGCCCCACAGUUCGUCGCAAUGCGAAGCCUCGUACGCCCUGAAACCUGAGUACUCACCUGCACACAUUUUUCAAUGGAUUUUCUAUAAACCUGCACGAUUUUUAACGUCGUAGGGAAUAUGUCAACGCUAAACGCCUGGAGAGGUGCCGACAGGACACUCAAUGGUGUUCGGAGGAUCACGUUGGGGACUCGGAAACUGAAGCUCCUGGAAAAGAUGACAAAGCCGCCGACAGGUCUCGCAGUACUCCAACAGGAGACUCGGACACUGAAAUCAGCGAAAUGGAUGACCAAGCUGCUGACAGUGUUAACGCAAGUUUCAAGGAAUCUGACACAGCAUAUUGGGAGGAAUUUUCGGACUUAUGCCCUAGCACGGAGUGCGAAGAUGAGAGGGAGGACUUUGUACGAGAUUUACCUUCAGACGCGAAUCUCGAAAGUAACAGCACCCGCAGCCUGGAAGUGACGACUUUAGCUGCGCAGCUCGCCCUGUGGGCUAUACAAGUCCGCAUUCCCCUUCAACACCUUUCCAGCCUACUGUGUAUACUUCAUCAGUACCAUAGUGAAUUGCCACGUGAUGCACGGACACUUCUGUCAACACCAAGGUGCACAGAAGUGGAUUCAUCUUGUGGUGGUGAAUAUGUCUACCUCGGAAUUCUUAGUGGUAUCAAGAGGCUGAUUGAUAGGGGCUUGGUGUUUUCUUCAGACAGAUUAAAUUUACAGAUCAAUGUGGAUGGUUUACCGUUGUACCAUAGUCAAAGCACAUGUUUUUGGCCCAUCCUCGUCGCUGUCACGGAUUGCAAACCUCUUAAACCGUUCGCAGCUGCUGUUUACUGUGGAAAAUCUAAGCCCAACCCUGUUGAUACAUUUCUGGCCCCUUUCAUUUCGGAAAUGAAAGUUCUCAUGACGGAAGGGUUCUCAUAUCUCGGUCGCGCUUAUUCUGUGGCACUGCAUUCCCUUGUGUGUGACACACCUGCCCGUGCAUUCCUAAAGUGCAUCAAGGGGCACACCGGGUAUCACGCAUGUGAAAAAUGUGUCAUUAAAGGAAAGUACUCACCACAGUGCAGAAAGGUUGUCUACAUGCAAUGCAAUGCAGAGAAACGAGAUGGGGCGAGCUUCAGCCUUCAGAAAGAUCCGAGACACCACCAUGGAGUAUCACCACUUUUGUCACUGGAGAUGGACUUGGUUGCCCAGGUGCCAUUAGACAGUAUGCAUCUAGUUUACUUGGGUGUAGUGAAGAAGAUUGUAACAGGCUUUUGGCUCUCGACAGGAGUAACGAAAACAAGAUUAUCGCAGACUGCUAGACAAACUGUAUCUGAUGGACUGCUUACUCUCAGAACAUGGAUCCCUCGUGAAUUUAACAGAAAGCCAAGGCCUAUUACAGAUACCAAAAUGUGGAAAGCCACAGAAUGGAGGCAAUUUUUGCUCUACACGGGACCACUUGUACUUAAAAAGGUUGUUGACAGAGCUGUGUACAAUCACUUCCUAGCUUUGAGUGCUGCAGUUUAUAUUUUGAGCAAACAUAGCCCGGUUGAAAUGCUUGAUGUUGCAGAAUCACUACUGUAUUCAUUUGUUGCCAAAGGACGUUCAGUUUAUGGAAAGGAAAUUUAUGUCUUGAAUUUUCACAGUUUAAUACACAUAGUCGAUGAUGUCCGCAGAUUUGGUGCUCUUGACACAUUUUCGUGCUUUCCCUUUGAAAACUACUUGAAAGACCUGAAGCAUGUGGUUCGCUCUCCACACAAGCCCCUGUCACAGGUAGUUAAUCGAAUCACGGAAGAGAGAGAGUUCUGUUUUAAGCAGCAUGAUGAUUCCAAACAUAUUACACUGAAAUGGGAGCAUGACGAAGGGCCAUUGAGUGCAGCAGCUGACGGUGCUAAACAGUACAAACGAAUUGACCUGCCAUGCUUCUGUGUGUGUACAAACUCCGAUGCUGACUGCACAGUACAGCUCAGGAAUGGAAGCAUCGUUGUAGUGAGAAAUAUUUUAGAGCACAACGGAAGAAUCGUUAUUUUGGGUAGCACUUUCAAGAGUCUUUCAGACUUUUAUAGGACACCAGUGGCUUCCUCUUUGCUAGGCAUACACUUUGCUAAUGAGUUGUGCGAUGCAUUACAGUGUUGGGAUGUUGAUUGCAUCACAUGUAAAGUUGUUCGCUUCCCAAUCAGUAAAGGUUUCCUUGUGAUCCCUUUACUUCACACUGCAUGAGCUCAGAGUAUGUAUAUAUGUUUAACGUGUGCGUUCUGACUGACAUUUCUUGCCUUAUGUUGUAGCUCAAUUCAUUCAAUUGAGUUGUUCACGCACCAGUUGCAAGGUGACCAAUGUGGUUGCAUGCUGUUGUAGAGGUCACUAGUACGUAUGAUUUUCAUGAAACUUUGCAGUCAUUAAUCCGCUUAACAUCGGCACAUUGUGAACGAAUUGUUUAUACUUGUAUCUUCAUUGUUUUGCAUUGCAAUGUAUACUGUUUAUAGGUACAAGCCUGUGGUUUUCAGUUUUUUUUUUCAAUAAAACAUGAGAAGUA